AUGAAGUGCUUGACGGCUACGUUGCUGUUAACAGCCUUUGUCACAGCAUCGCCGCAUAAACCCCUAGAUGCUCGCAAUGAGGUCGCUCGUCGGCAAUCCGCCGAGGCAUGUUCCAUCGGUUACUGUACUCAAAACGGCGGAACAACCGGUGGCUCUGGUGGUGAAACGGUCACCGUGAAGGAUGUUGAUAGCUUAGUUAACGCAGCUAAGCAGGAUGGACCCCUUACGAUCAUCGUGUCCGGCGCCAUUUCUGGUUCCGCGAAAGUGCGCGUCGCCUCCAACAAGACCAUCUACGGGGAGGCCGGUAGCUCGUUGACGGGCGUCGGUUUUUACAUCCGAAGAACUAAUAAUGUCAUCGUCCGCAACUUGAAAAUCGCCAAAGUCGAGGCUAAGAAUGGUGAUGCAAUCGGUAUUGAUGGGUCCUCGAAUGUUUGGGUUGACCACUGUGACCUGUCCGGAGACCUGAGUCGCGGAAAAGAUGACUACGAUGGUCUAGUCGAUAUUUCGCAUGGCUCUCAAUGGAUUACCGUAUCUAACACAUAUUUCCACGAUCAUUGGAAGGCGUCGUUGAUAGGACAUUCGGACAGCAACGCCAAAGAAGACCAGGGUUCACUUCACAUUACAUACGCCGGCAACCACUUUUACAACACGUACAGCCGCGCACCGCUCAUUCGAUUUGGCACAGUGCAUAUCAUUAACACGUUCUGGGACUCGUUGAUUUCUAGUGGUGUCAAUUGCCGAAUGGGAGCACAGGUCCUAAUUCAGAGCUCGGCUUUCAAGAAUAGCUCUCAGAAUGCCGUGUUCUUCGCCGAUUCCAAGGAGACGGGCUACGCUGUUCUUGACGAUGUUGAUCUUGGGGGUUCUAGGAAUUCGGUGCCAGUGGGAACUCUUACAGUUAGUGCGCUGCCGUACGCCCCGAUCAAGGCUCUCGGUUCUGCAACUAUUCCUAGUGCGAUUCCCAGUACUGCUGGUCAGAAGCUGUGA